AUGUUCCACCUUGAUAUCCCAAGAGAGCAGCAAGGAAAACCAACUUUCCAAAUAUAUGGAAAAAAUCUACCUCCAAUUUUAACAGCAAAAAUUCAGCAGACUUCAUUUCAGGAUUCUUCAAUAAAUGAUAUGUCAAUUCACGCACAAAAUGACCAAUCAUCCUUAAUAAUUGCACCAGUUGAUGGCAAACUUAAUAGAAACCAAAGCGAAUACAGCUUAGCCUCCAAUACACAAAUGUCUGGGAAAUAUUUUGAUAAUGAGCAGCACUACUCACAAAACGCUGAAUCAGAAGACCCUAAACCCAAAAAAUCAGCCAGAGUGAAUUUCAGCACAAGAAAAAACGUCGCCGAAACUAUCAAAAUCUCUCCAUUUAAGCCGAAACAAGCAGCUUCUCCUAUAUUAAAAGAAAUUGCAUUAAAGCGAUCAUUUUCCCAACAGGAAAAAGUAAGAAUAAUCAAGCCUUCAUCAGCAGGCUAUUUUUCAUCAGCAAGAAAAAGUUCAGGCUACUCACAAAUUUACACCUCAGAAGAAAGCUCAAAGCCUUCAUUUAUUUUAGGCUCUCCAGGCCAAGUCCGAAAAGUCGCAAAAAAAGAAUGAAAAACUCUCUCUGAGCCACCUUCUGUAUAUACAUUAACUGAGCAGAAUUCAAGAUCUAUAAUGACAAGAUCUCCAGGUGGCAACAAAACUGAACAAGAUAUGAGGUCAAUUUGAAGCAGAGAAUCCUAUAAAACUCAGUCAGAUUUCAUACAAGCUACCAAUGAAGAUAUUACUGACUCAGAAAACCUCCCUACAGACCAGCUAGGUGCAGAAAAUAACAGUAAAGAUGCAACAUUUAUAACUACAGUAAAUAAUCAAAACAACAUAAAUGAUAUCAAAAGUGAACCAAUUUUUACAGAUUUCAGUGAUAAUUAUUCAUACAAAUAUACGCCUCAGCCAAGUAUUUAUGUAAAACCUUUAAUUAAAGAAACAAACUCUCUUGAAAGUUAUCAAAAAUGAUAUGGUGUGCCUCAGAAAGUAAGAUUUUUAAUUAAUCAAGAUUAUGUAAAGUCUUUGAAGCCUUGCAAUUUUUUUGAAGAACAUAAAGAGCUAUUGCCAGCUAUGCCAAAUAAAAAAUAUAGGCCUCCUAAGCUGCUGCUGAAAGGAAAUGCAAUUAAAGGAGGAAAUAUGAUUAAUAAAGGUGUCGUCAAAGAUGGGAACCAUUUAAUAAGGGUUUUAAGCAGAGAAGGGACGCCAUGGGUUCAGUAUAAUUUAAAGCCUACUCAUCAAAUAAGGCAAGACCCAUUCUGUGCAAAUUAUGGAGAACUACUGGUAAUUUUUAUAUAGAAAUUGGAUAUAGCUAAAAGUACAGGCAUGGAAACAUUUGGAGAUCUAUUUAAAGGAGCUUCUGACACAGAUUUUAUAUUUUCGCAGGAUGGGAUUUCGGAAGGGUCACUUGGAAUAGGCUCAAAAAGGUAA